UUGCUCCUUCCUCCUUUGGCCAAUGACAGACGCCACAUUGUUGUCAAAUUUGUCUAAUGAAAACGUAGGAGCAACAAUAGAGAGCAGAGAGAGGGAUCUGUAUCCACUGACGAUCUCUGGAGGAAGUUAGUGUCUCAGGCUGCGGCGAGUUGCAACCUCGGCUCCUCCUGGACACUUUUGACUUUCUCUCGGGGAGGAAUGAUCGCUCCUCUCGGCUCCGGCUCUUUUCGGAUUUAAACUAGACAGUAUCUUAGUAUUUGUUGCUUCUUUUUUGAAGACUCCUUGAACAGCUUACAUUCGAGUUUCGAUCAUAGUUGUGUUUGUGUGCACUUCAGUAGACAGAGCGACAUCGUUGACUUCACCAUUUGCCCAGAGAUGAACCGCUGAGCAGAUGCGCACGGCUCACUACUCGUAAAUAGAACAGACCUCUAAGAAGAAAGACGUUUUCUCGUUAGUUCAGUGACAUCAGUGAGGAACACGGGCAUGGAUCUGAGACAGGAGCUCCCCACGGUGUCCUCGGCCACUCAUAUCCACCUAAGUGCGACAUCAUCAGGCUCCAUCCCGGUGUCCUUGGCCGGGAGCCUUCUGCGCGGCCCUCCGCUCAUCCUGCGCACCACGGACAAGUACCCGCGCACCCCGAAGUGUGCCCGCUGCAGGAACCACGGCGUGGUGUCUGCGCUGAAGGGCCACAAGCGCUACUGCCGCUGGAAGGACUGUAUGUGCGCCAAGUGCACACUGAUCGCCGAGAGGCAGCGCGUGAUGGCGGCGCAAGUGGCGCUGAGGCGGCAGCAGGCGCAGGAGGAGAACGAGGCGCGAGAGCUGCAGCUCCUCUACGGCACCGCGGAGGGUCUCGCCCUGGCCGCCGCCAACGGCAUCAUCCCACCGCGUCCGAACUACGAAGUGUUCACCUGCGUCAACAGCGAGACAGGUGAGUGGAAUUCAAGUAUCCUGAAGUACGAGCUGUUUCCAAAGAGCCAGAUGUCCGCGUCCGUCGCUUCUCAGCUGAUCGCGGGGAAACCGGCGUCCACCGAGAGUGACUCAGCCCCGGGCAUCUCUUCCCCGGACGGUCGACACGGAGGCUCGGGUUCCGAGAACGGAGACAGCGAGUCUUUCAUAAGCUCGCCGGUCUCCAAGCCCGUGAAAGACGGAGGGCAAACCCCUCGCUCCGUCAGCUCCCUCGGUUCUGAUUCUGGCUCCGACACCGACAAGGACGAGCAGGAGCCGUCCCCGUCCUCCGCGGCCUCCCGGCACAUGAACGCCAUCGACAUCCUGACCCGAGUGUUCCCGAGCCACAAGCGCAGCGUCCUGGAGCUCGUGCUGCAGGGUUGCGGUAAGGACGUGGUGCAGGCCAUCGAGCAGAUCCUCAACAACAGCGGCGCGCAGGGCUCCAACAAGGCCGGGGCAGAACAGACGUGGACGGCGGAGAGGGUGCUCCAAAACGCCCAGCAGUCUGCCGCGUCCUCCGCAUCCACGACCGCCCCGACGAGGCCCAUGUUGCCCGGAGCCAUGACGCUCAGUAAUCGCUCAGCGUUCUCUCCUCUCCAGCCGAACUCCCCGCACUUCGCCGCGGACCCCAGCGUCUAUCCUCUGAGCACCCACCUGGGGCUCAACCCGCUGCGGCUGGCCUAUUCUGCGCACAGCCGGGGACUGGCCUUCAUGACGCCUUACUCCACCACCGGGUUGAUGCCCAUGGCCUUCAGGCCCCCGAUGGACUACGCCUUUAGCGACUUGAUAAGGGACAGGACAAUGUUACACAAGGAGCAGGGCUAUGCCACCGGCCUGUACGGGCCUUUGGUCAACAACACGCCGGAAAAACAGUGAGGCUGCUGGACUGAUCCAACAGGCACAUCGCAUUGUGUGUGUGUGUGUGUGUAGCCACAAUAGUGUUGAAUGUUACGGCGAA